CUCGGCCUGGAUGGAUGGGGUAGAGGAGGUGCUGAAAUCGGCAAGCUUCAGUAUGAAGAAACUUGUAGUAUCCACUGGUUGCAACAUCUACAAGAAGGAUUACAGGACUGCUCCUUUUUACACCGAACUCAUGACUAGGGUCACGAAGCAUUGCAGGUGUCUGGAGGUCUGCGAGAUUUAUUAUAACGCAGGGAAGUCUGGGCUGAAGAGCGACAUACCCCGAUGGAUAUUCGAUUUUAUCCAAAGAUGCCCUCAAAUAGAAGUAUUUCGUCUAUGGUCGCCGUCAGGAGACUGCGGUGGCCUCGAUAAUAAAUGUAUUGCUGCUAUGGUUGCUGGUUGGGUCUGCCUUCAACACUUGGAACUUACAGGGGAGGCUAUCACUCUAGAUG